AUGAAAUCAGGCGAUGUUUCUAUUCGUGUAUCAUCUAGUGCGUCUAUUUGUCCCUCAGCUUCGCCAAAUCUUCGUCUUGCGCUUGUCGUUCUCAGUAUUGGAGUGGCUAGUCAUUUUAUGCUUUUCCUGGACAGUGUUAUGGAUAAUUUAUUACCAGCAGCAAAGCCUUUUCUAUUAACGGUCUACAAAAAUAAAGAAGAUGCUGACAUUGCAUGGGAAAUAAUGGUCUCGUCACGAAUUUACGGACUUGCAUUCGGGUGCUUUGCUUCCAUAUUUCUGUCUAGACAACGAGGUCGCAAAUUUCCAGUUGUACUAGGUAGCGUGCUUGAUCUAGUCGGAAUUCUAUUAACACUUGUUACGGUUCACGUAAGAUUAGGUAUGGUAGCGGCCACAAUUGGUCGAUUUAUUAACGGAUGUGGACAGGGUAUUGUACAGACUGCCGGUUCGGUAAUGCUUGCAGAACUGCCUCCAACACAAAAACGAGGCAUUGCCUUAGCCACUCUUACCGUUUGGGCAUGUUUGGGUGAGCUCGCUGGUAUGGUAAUUUCUCUGGAAGAAUUCCUAGGAAAACCGUCAACAUGGUAUCUUGCAAUGGGAGUGCCACUUAUUCCUCUCGUACCUGCUUUGUUCAUACUUGCCCGUGCACCUGAGAGCCUUCGGUAUUUCUUCCUGGAGAAUCGUGAAGAUGAAUCAAGGAAAGCGUUACUCUUUUACCAAAAAGGAAAUGGGAUUGACGAAAACGGAAAUCGAAAGAAAUCGGACGAAACAGCAAAGGUCGAUGAUGAUAAGUCAACACUUACGUUCGCUAAGGACAGAUUUAAGAACGGCCAAUUUAUAAGACCACUACUCCUAGCACUAUUCGUUCAAAGUUUCGUCCACCUUGAUGACUGGCUCUGGAUUUCUUAUUCAACUCAUAUUUUUGGCAAAUUUGGAAUGACAAUGGGGAAUGCACAACGUGCCUCGUUAUUUAUGUCACUUCCUCAAGCGUUUAUCAGUAUAGGUCUUUUAGCGUGCUUUGAGAAUUUUACAAGACGAUCCUUACUGCUUGUCCCAACCAUGUUUAGUGUAGUUAUUGGGAUGUGCGCUAUUAUUUCUGUUAAUUUUGGAAGAGCUGACUUCCCGAUAGCAGCCACGUUAGCUAUUCUGGCAGCUAUGGAUCUGUCUGCGGCAGCAAUUAGUGGUGAAAGCGCAUACGCUAUUGUUCCGGAACUUUUCCUUCCAAAUGACAAAAUCCUCGGUACAGCUAUAGUCGGAAUUGUUCAGAAUGUCUUUGGCGGUAUAUUAACAGCCAUUUUACUGACCGCUGUAAACAAGAUUGGAACGACGAUGGUGCUGAUUCCUUUUAUCACUAUGAAUAUGUUGUAUGUGGCUAUAAAUUACAAAUAUCUUCCAGAAACUUCGCAGAAGACAGCUCAUGCAAGAAGUAUCCGAGAAUUUCUCUAA